AUGUUACUUCGAAGUGGUAGUAAAAAGAAUGAUGGCAAACAAGAAUUGCACAAUCAUGUGUUCGAUCAACAACAGUCAUGCCAUGAGCUUGCAUCUGCAAUUGUAUUGCAUGAGUAUCCAUUAUCUAUUAUGGAUCACACAGGCUUUCGAAAAUUUGUUAAGAGUUUGCAGCCAUGUUUUAAACUUGUGUCAAGAAAUACAAUUAAAGGAGAUAUUUUGAAGAUCUAUGAAUUGCAAAGAUUGAAGAAUUGUAAUAUUUUGGAGAAGCUUGCAAGUAAGAUAGCAGUUACAACCGAUAUGUGGACUUCUAGCAACACAAAGAAAGGCUUCAUGGCUAUCACUGCACAUUAUAUUGAUGAGUCUUGGAUCUUACAAAGUCAAAUUUUGAGGUUUAUCUAUGUUCCUGCUCCACAUACCAAAGAAGUGUUAAGUGAUGUGGUUCUUAGUUCAUUGAUGGAUUGGAAUAUUGAUCGUAAGAUAUCUACGAUUACCUUAGAUAACUGUUCCACCAAUGAUGGUAUGAUUAAUUGUUUGUUGGAAAAGUUGAAUGUGAGUGAUUUGUUGAUAGAUGGUUUAGUGCUUCAAAUGCGGUGUGCUGCCCAUAUCUUAAAUUUGAUUGUCAAAGAUGGUUUAGAAAUGAUAUCGGGUGGUAUUGAAAGAAUUCGUGAUAGUGUGGUGUAUUGGACUGCUUCUGCUGCUAGAAUUGAAAAUUUUGAAGAAGCGGCUCGCCAAUUGCGCAUUUCUUCUACUAAAAAGUUGUGUUUGGAUUGUAAAACCCGUUGGAAUUCGACUUUUUUAAUGUUGCAAACAGCUGCAAUUUAUAAAGACGUAUUUCCACGGGUUAAAGUGCGUGAGAAACACUACACUAGUUUGCCAAAUGAUGAUGAUUGGGAAGUUUGUAAUGCCAUUUGUGAGAAGUUGAAAUUAUUCUACCAAGUCACUGAAAUGUUCUCCGUUUUGGAUCCUAGAUACAAAAUGAAGUUGAUUGAGUAUUAUUUUCCUAUCAUUUAUGGUGAUGAAUCAUUCAUGAAAAUUGAAGCAAUUCGUCAAAAUUGUUAUUCUUUGUUGCAUGAUUAUCAAUACCGAUCUAGUUUGGGUGGAAAUAGAGUUGAUAGUCAGUACAUGGCUUCACAUAGUGAGCAUGUUAAUGGGAGUCAUGAUAAGAAUGAAGUUGAAACGGAUCCCCUUGCUGAUUUUGAUAAGUUUGUGGCUUCUAACUCUACUGAUGUUACUUCUAAGACGGAAUUGGAUUUUUAUUUUGAGGAAAAUGUGUUACCAAGAGUUCCGACUUUUGACAUACUUGCUACUUCUUCUACAUCGGAAGGGAUGUCAUGUAAUACAUUAGUUGAUGAAGAAGAUGAUAUUGAUUGUGUUACUGAAUAG